AUGAGUGGCAACAACUACUCUGUGGCUUUAGAUUUGCUUAACGAAAGAUUUAACAAUAAGCGUCAUAAUUUUCAGGCACACAUCACUGAGAUUAUGGGCAUCAAAAGGAUGGACACUUCUUCAGCGGUGAAGCUUCGUGAAUUAUCCGACAAGUCGACAGUAUCACGCAGGCAAAUUGGGGAGGAAGCUGCGGUGUUAGAUCUCAUACCCUCAUGGGAGCAGUUUACAAGUUUGCUGGAGAAGCGUUGUCAAAAGCUGGAGAACGUAGAACAUUCUAUGGCAGCGUAUGCACGUGGCUCUCAGGAAGAGAGCACAACUACAAAACUCCGCGUUGUAUUCGAUGGCUCUGCGGUUUCAUCUUCUGGAUUCUCGUUGAACGACUUGCUUAUGACAGGACCCACCAUACGACCUAAGCCGUGCAGCACAUUACUUCGGUUUAGAACCUUUCCAAUCGCAUUGACGGGCGACAUUUGUAAGAUGUAUCAUUGUGUACUAGUCUCAGAGCCCGAUAGUUAUCUGCAGUGCAUCUUGUGGCGUGACUCCCCACAGCAGCCGGUCAACGUCUUUAAACUUGACACAGUCGCUUAUGGUACAAGACCAGCUUCAUUGCUCUCAAUUCGUUCGAUGCACCAGUUAGCCAUUGAUGAACAAACUAUCUACCCCAUAGACUCAAAAACAUUAAAGCGCGAUUUUUAUGUCGAUGAUCUUAUUACAGGCGGUGAGUCCAUUCAAGAAGUCAAGAAAAUUAUGAGUCAAACUACAAAGCUGCUGGCUAAAGGAAGUUUCAAGCUGAGAAAGUGGUGCUCCAAUAAUCCUGAACUGUUGCAGACGAUACCACCUGAUGAUCGAGAAACACUACUUAAGGUCGACGAUGGAAGCGAUACAACUAAAACACUCGGUCUAACUUGGGGUCCAGCAUCAGAUUGCCUAUUGUUUGCGAUCUCACCAAUACAUCCUCGUUUUUAUGGCCCACUCGGUCUCAUCGGCCCUAUUAUUUCGAAGGCUAAAAUCUUUCUUGACUGGGAUGAAAGUUUGCCUUCAUCACUACAUUCAUCUUGGCUUAGUUUGUGUGCAGAUUUUGGCCGCAUACCGCAAAUGAAGUUUCCCCGUUCAUCAAUCCAGCAGAAUGGCGCCUAUGAAAUUCAUGGUUUUAGUGACGCCAGCAUCGAAGCUUCCGUCGUGUCAGUCAGUCAAUGA